UCUUUCGAGCAUAGGCGGAGUCUUCUGCCGAGGGCCAUUCGGAAAGAGGCGGAGCCUAUCUCUCAUCAGGACCAGUCUGACUGCACCUGCAUCCUUAGCUCAGAGCAUCCCUGGAGCAUCUAAGUGGAAAGCGCAGCUAGCAACCAGGGAUCGUACUGUCGCAGGGGCAGUCGGCCAUGCACCUUCUCCUCCGCUGAUCUGGAGGUCUACAGCCGCGGCCUCGGUACUGACCGAAAUUCCCGAAGUUGUCUGACCUCUGCAAAAGUGUUUCUAUCAACAGCCUCUGAUUACAACAUGGCUGAAAUCACAAAUAUACGCCCCAGCUUUGAUGUAUCACCAGUAGCGGCUGGCCUCAUCGGGGCCUCUGUGCUGGUAGUGUGCGUUUCCGUGACUGUCUUUGUAUGGACAUGCUGCCACCAGCAGGCGGAGAAGAAACACAAGACCCCGCCAUACAAGUUUAUUCACAUGCUGAAAGGCAUUAGCAUCUACCCAGAGACCCUCAGCAACAAGAAGAAAAUCAUCAAAGUUCGGAGAGACAAAGAUGGUCCUCGGAGAGAAAGUGGACGAGGAAACCUGUUAAUAAAUGCAGAGUCUGGCCUGCUGAGCCAUGACAAGGAUCCCAGAGGGCCUAGCCCCACAUCUUGUAUAGACCAGUUACCCAUCAAAAGAGACUAUGGGGAAGAACUGAGGAGCCCCAUGACAAGCCUGACCCCUGGUGAAAGCAAACCCACCUCCCCAUCAUCGCCAGAGGAAGAUGUAAUGCUAGGAUCCCUUACCUUCUCAGUGGACUACAACUUUCCCAAGAAAGCUCUGGUGGUGACAAUCCAAGAGGCCCACGGGCUGCCAGUGAUGGAUGACCAGACCCAGGGCUCCGAUCCCUACAUCAAAAUGACCAUUCUUCCUGACAAGCGGCAUCGAGUGAAGACCCGAGUGCUUCGCAAAACCCUGGACCCCGUGUUUGAUGAGACCUUCACCUUCUACGGCAUUCCAUAUAGCCAGCUACAGGACCUGGUGCUGCACUUCCUUGUGCUCAGCUUUGAUCGCUUCUCUCGAGAUGACGUCAUUGGGGAGGUCAUGGUGCCAUUGGCUGGAGUGGACCCCAGCACAGGCAAGGUUCAGCUGACCAGGGACAUCAUCAAGAGGAACAUCCAGAAGUGCAUUAGCAGAGGGGAACUCCAGGUAUCUCUGUCAUACCAGCCCGUAGCACAGAGAAUGACAGUGGUGGUCCUCAAAGCCAGACACCUGCCGAAGAUGGAUAUCACCGGUCUCUCAGGUAAUCCUUAUGUCAAGGUGAACGUCUACUACGGCAGAAAACGCAUUGCCAAGAAGAAAACCCACGUAAAGAAGUGCACUUUGAACCCUGUCUUCAAUGAGUCCUUCAUCUAUGACAUCCCCACUGACCUCCUGCCUGAUAUCAGCAUCGAGUUCCUUGUCAUUGACUUCGAUCGCACUACUAAGAAUGAGGUGGUAGGGAGGCUGAUCUUGGGGGCACACAGUGUCACAGCCAGUGGUGCGGAACACUGGAGAGAGGUCUGCGAGAGUCCUCGCAAGCCCAUAGCCAAGUGGCACAGUCUGAGCGAGUACUAACCCUGGGGCCAGGCGGGGAGGCACAUGGCGGGGAGAGGUGACAGAGAAGCUGACUCAAAACCUCAUUUUAGUGGUAGAAGAUUUCUUACAGAACAAACCACACGAAGAACCUCACACUCCACACAGCUGCAGAUUGGUUCUUAGCGUGAGGAUUGCUUUCUUCUUUGCAAGGCACUAGACGAUCUUUUGUUUUUUAAAAUGAGGGGGGAAGAGAAGGAAAGACCCCAAGUCUAUAUAUAACAAUGUAACCUUAUACUUGCAUGUCUAAUACAAACAAGAAAUUAGCCUAACCAAUAUCAAGUUGCAGAUUUUAAUCCAUGAAAAUUGUGUUUUGUGCCGAAUUGUAUUUGCUGAUCCCCUGAAAUUGGCCUCUCUUUACCAGGCUUCUCUGGGUUACUCCAGUUCCCCAUCACUGCAGGAGAAAAGUCUGCUCCUGUAAAGCCCCAUGUUCCUGUCAUCCAGUCCUUUUUUCUGUCACCUCUCACAUCUCUGCUCUUUGGCUGAGUUCCAAAUCUUGAGGUCUGUAGUAAGCAAAGAAGCAAGUGGGGUUUCCAAGAGAAAGAGUAAUUGAGAAUGGGGUGUGUGCUGCUAGCCAUCGGCUGUAAAAGGGUAACAGGCAGCCAGUGACUAGAGAUAGCCCCGGUGAGCACAGGAGAGGUGGGCCUGGACUUAGGACUUGCUGAUUUCCCUAGGAGCUAUGGAGACUUCACCUAGAGGUACCCGUGGGCACCAGCACAUUCUGAAUGCUACUUGCAGGUCAGGGGACAAGGGGAGGCAAUAAGAUCCACGUGGCCCUCUGUGGUGGUCAGCAGUCCUGGGUUUGUAAGGUUACACUGACUUUUACUUUUCCAGAAAUGCUUCAGUGGCUCUGGCACCUCCUCAUUAUGUAGCUGCCAACAGAAGUUGCUGUUCAUUUCUUAAGGAAAUAGGCCCCGGAAAUGACUCCUUCUCCCUGAGGUUUACAGUAAUGGCUCUUAAGAAAGCCAAGUGGGGCUGAGUAGUAAGAUCACAUGAAUGCCUUCAGAGCACCACGCUCCUCAGCAGAAGCGCACCACCAGAGAACUGAGAGUCUCCCCACACCGUGAAGGAUGGAAACCAAAGUUCCACCAUCUCUCCACCACUGCACAAGACAGUGCAGAGCUUGAGCAUGGUCUGGAGUUCAGAUCCAGGUCUCCACAUGGAGACUUCCACAGGAACAGGUCACUUCAGAAGGGAGAGGUGAGCUUGGAUAGGCAGUGCCUGUUUUGACAGCCUGAAGAGGACCUCAGUCAAAUAAGGAAUAGCUUGAUCCAGGGCCUGAAAGAUUAGCUGUAACUCAAGUGACCACUUCCCUAAAGACCAUCACUUUCUAGCUAGCUUCUGAGAAGGGGUGGACAAGCUGACUUUCCAUGGAGAGGGUUGGUGACAAUGCCUUUGGUGGUUCCCCUUGUGCUUGUAGAUCUGAAUCCACUCCACCCCCCACCAACCCUUCAUUUGCUUUUUGUUUGGUUGGUUUUGGUUUUUUUCUGCCGAUUCUUGGCAAAGCAGAGCAGUCGUGUACAGGCAGGAAAGCCCACUGUGCUCUCGCUACUGUCAGCCCUGACAUCCCAUAAUCUGACUCAGUGUCUCACCAUCAGCUGGGAUCACACCACUAGUCUCCGUCCUUUAACCCAUGGAAUGUAAAUAUUGUAUUAUACGUAGAAGAAAAUACUUUUUGUUUUCUAAAAAGGCAUUUUGACAUAGUUUAAUGAAAACCCGGCAGGAGCAUUCUAAGCCCCAUUAGGGAAAAAAAUUGAAAUGGUUCCUCUUCGUCGCCUUAAUGUGUAAAGAUCAGAAGUCACUGAGCAGCUCCGUUUCCUUUGGGAGGAGAAGCGAUGCGAAGUGACAGGUGGAGCCUGGCCUCUGUCCCGCUGUGUGUGCCUCUGUAGCUCCUUCUGAGAAGUCUGGGAAACAGCCUCACUGAGCUCCUCCCCUCCUGAUCCCCCUGCAGCUCAAUCCCUUGCAUCCUCUGGGUCUGCAGAGCAGCGGGUGCUGGUGGGGGAGCCGGUACUUCCACAGGCUCGGGGCUGCCUCGGUGUCUUUGCCAAGAAAAGGCAAAGGGGUGGGCAGUACAGGAUUCCUCCCUCCUACCUCAGGCCUGAUCCAUCAUGCCCUGGACUUGGUACCUAAAGCUUCUUAGCUGACUCUGGCUUUCACAUCUGUUCUUAACAGAGCUCACUGAUGUGGGUGGAGGCUAAUGCCUCUCCCUGUCUGUUGAAAGACAAGAGAGUCACAUCCUAGCUUUUGCACAAGGCUCUUGUGGUUAGGAAUAGGUUAGGGAAAGGUCACUCCUGAUUUCCCAGCAGCCAGUCUGUCUAUGGAGAGUUCUUGACUCUCUGGGGACUCUGAGAGCUAUUCACAAUAUCAGAAGUUCCCUCUUUCGUCUCCACACAGCCAUGUAUGUGUUGAUGGACAGUGCUGUGCUGGAGAGCAGAGAGAACUGCUGUGUGGGACCAGGGGGACCUACUUAGGAGGGGGAUAUGGAAGACUUUUAAUACUGGUCAUAGUGACAUUGCCCUCACCACGAUCCCUCUCCAAAGUGGUCGUCUUUCUUUACCUUGUGUCUUCUCUUGUAAAAAUAAAACUCAAAAAUAAAAGUGUCAAAUUAAAAAGAAUAAAAAAAAAGCGGAAAAAUCUAACAUGAACUGUGUGAAAUUGCAUAACGCUGUGACGCUAACCUGCAACAUGUAAUGCUAUCUUGUAUGUGGACCUUGUUAAUGCGCCACACACGUGCAGAAUAAAGACUGAUUCAGAUUAAAAGGCA